AUUAUUCACAAUACAAAAGUGGCCAUCUGUUGGGGAUCUACAAAUCCUCUCAUCAAGGCAGGUAGUACUGGCUUGGAAAAGAUUUCAGCACAGCAUCCAGAAGGUGGAUUGAAAAAGUUGAGAGCAGAAUGGGCUUUUCUUCUCACCCGAUGGCAAUAUGUCUUGCCAUUGGCUCUUAACUUAAGUGGUUCUAUGGUUUAUUACUACACACUGGGAAAAUCAGACAUCUCAUUGGCUGUACCUGUAACGAAUUCAAUGACUUUUUUGUUUUCACUUUUAACUGGACUUGCAUUGGGCGAAGACAUUGAUGCCUGGCUUGGUAUAGUAUUGGUUAUAAUAGGAGUAGUAAUUUGUGUAGGUAGCAAA